AUGAACAAGCGGCGUUAUGCCCAGCGAAAACACAUCGUCCAGUCGUUUGACAAUCUCUUGUACCAACUACACGUUCUCGGCUUUUUCAACUCGAAUGUCGUCGGAGACCCAUUUCCUCUAACUACUCUCCUCAUCCGCUGUCUGGCGCAAUCUCAGUGCUCAAAGCCUCGAGAUCAAGACCCAGCAUGGUCAUUGCGCAUAUUCUUUGGCAUCCUGCUUGGCCUCCAUGGUCUCAUUAUGUGGAAUCAUGCAACCGCCCCUGCUUCCGACAGAGUCGUUAUACUUGAUUUUAUUGGUACAGCAUUUGUCCCCUCCAAAGUGCGACUUAUCACCUUCGACCUUUUCAUCAUGUUUCUCCAGAUGCUCCUCACUAUCAUCACCUACGAAACCUCCCUAAUGCGUGAAGAGCCUCGCCCUGACCCCCAUUCCGAAAAUGUGGGCAAACCACACCCGCCCUAUGCCCUCGAUCUACACUUUUCUUCUGUCGUUGCCCGGCUACGGACUCCGCCCACCCCAGCAAUGAUCAGGAAUUUGCCUGCAGACGGGCUACCGUUACCAAAUACGACUCCAUGGCCAUUGCCUGCUGUAGGAUUGCGAGUGCUAUUAGGUGUCCCUCCAGGACGAACAGGAAGAAACACAGAGACAAAUGAACAACGCGGUGGAAGGAUACCAGGUGGUUUAGAUGGAUAA